AUGAUUCGCCUACUGGUACUCGCUAUCCUUUUUAUUUUCCUCAAGUCCUCAUUAUCCACCCAAGAGGACAAUUUUGUUCUGGUGAAGCUCGAUGGGAACGCUACCCUCCCAUUACCUGCUUCUGCUAAUUACCGGAGAAUCGUCCAGAACGCUAAUUAUGAAGAUGAAGAGCACUUGUAUCGAGUGUGUAAUGGAAAAAACAAGAAGACAUGUGGAUUUUGGGAGAAUGUGAAGACCAAGAAGAAAGUCGCAUCGGGCGCCACCACGUACAACAAGAAUAAGAAGGCGUUGAUUGUGAAGAAGGUCCGGGCCACCGAUUUCGGAGAAUAUAUGACCGGGAAUAAGAAGACUAAAGUGAACCUUCAUAAGUUGAUUGUGAAGGGGUGA